CAUACACAGGUAUAUUAUUCGCUCGUAUCUCAGGCAAACAAUCAUUGUCGUCAACCAGCCAGGCACACAAUCACCUGCGAGGUUUAUCUCUGUCAGAGUCUGUCUCGAUAAACAGCUAAUAGCACAUAAGUGAGUGUGUUUUUCAGUGCGCGCGCGCGGCGGCGCUGAAUAUUAGUGAACCUUGGAUCUAGAUGACCAUUUUACAAGAUGACCAGUUAGUCUUCAUUUAUUGACCACCCGAGUGUCCCGACCAUCAUUUCUUCCAGGAACGUUUCGAUUUCUCGCAACAAAAGGAGAUGGUUGCAUGACGUACGCUCUUCUCACAUGUUGUAGACUGACCUCAAUGAGAGUGGAGUUUUGUCGAAGCGCAAUAAAAGACUUGACAAGAUAAUUGCGGUAAUUGCGGUCUAUUUCGCUCCUUUAUUACAUCGCCGUCGCUACAAUAGCUAUAGGCCUACUAACUUUCUUUUCAUAAUGUCGCGUUGACCAAUGCGUAUCGCAUGUUGGAAGAAAAAUUAAAAGAUCUCUUUAUCGGAAAGGAUUUUUAUCAGUCACGCAUUUGUCGUAGCGAACUUCAAGGGGAAGACAAUUGAACCUCCCCAUCGACUCUCAAAGAAUCUAUCAUCACUUCGAACUGUUAAAUAUUUGAUUUCCUCGAAGAUGUUGUGUUUCACGAGAAGAACCUCGGAUCCUCUACCCCUAGUCCGACCCAAGUCACUGACCAAGUAUCAACAUAUCACCUGGAUAACUUGGUCCCUCCUCCGACCCGUCCUCGUCAUCAUCGGUUGUUUCUGGAUUGGUUACCUGACCGCCAUCGUGGGGCCCAUGCUCCAUGCCAGUCAGGACGCCAGCACGCGGCAUCGCGUCAGCCGCUUUGCAGACUACCUCAACCUGCCCGCCAAAAUUUUCGACAACAACAAAAGCGCGCCGGAUGGGAUCCUGCGGAGGUCGAUCUCCUCGCCGCCGAGUGACGACCCGGGACGAUUCCGCUACGUGUUGAUCCCCCUCACGAGCGUAGAGACCAUGCCGUACCACAAGAAACGGUUUGAGGUGUGCAUGAAGUCGAUCCUAGAGAAGUCGUCUAUUCCUUUGUUUUUCUUCUUUGUGGUUGACGAGCCAAGUAGGCUCUAUCUGGAAGAGACGAUGACGAUGUUCAGCAGGAAGUACAGGUCAAAAGUAGAGAUACAGUAUACCUUUUUGGACCAGGAGACAAUCGCCAAGAAACUUGCCUCAUCUGUAUCGGUUGUCCAACAGAUCGUCAGCGGCAAUACCCAGGGUUACUACAACCAAUCCAUCUUCUUCUUAUCAGUAGCCAUCCAUCGGGGGAUCCUUCCUGACUUCGUUCACCAAAUCAUCAUGCUGGACACCGAUCUCAAAUUCCUCUCCGACAUCAGCGGCCUUUUUGCUCAUUUCGACAAGUUCCAAGGCAGCAACGUCAUGGGCAUUGCGCAUGAUCAGCAGCCGACGUACCGCGAUGCGUUCAAAGCGUUCCGUGCGCGCAAUCCCACUACGCGCGUGGGUUCGCCGGCCCCCGAUGGAUUACCGGGAUUCAAUAGCGGCGUUGUGCUACUGGACAUUGCUCGUAUGAGGAGCAGCCAACUCUACAAUUACUACCUCAAUCCCCCCGUAGCGGAACUAAUCUCGAGAAAAUAUUUAUUCAAGGGAAGCUUGGGCGAUCAAGAUUUUUAUUCGCUCAUUGGUAAUGAAAGAGAAAAUUUAUUUUAUGUUUUGCCUUGUUCAUGGAAUAGGCAUCUUUGUAGAAAACUGUACGACGAGUACGCCCCUGUCUUUGAUUCUUACUUCAACUGUGAUGGAAAGAUUCAUAUAUACCAUGCCAGCUGUAAUUCCACUAUGCCUGUGUAAAUAACCAAGAGACUCUUUUUUAAAGUAUAUGAUAAACAUCUUGACGCCUGCAAAAUAGGCAAACAUUAGAGAUGCAGACAUUUGGUUUGUCGAAUAGUACAUUCCUCUUCGCUUUCUGAAUCACGACCAACAUGGCUUCGACAGUCGUGCAUAUAUCAGAAGCGAUUGGAGAUUGGAAGUGUUUCUGAAAGGUUAGUCGGUUACUAUAUAGUAGCUUCUCGAUUUUGCACACGAACCGCAGAUUCUCCGUCCGUGUUAAGCUUGCGAAAACUCCCUACUAUAAUUAUGUGCCGCUCGGACACUAUAAUUAGCUUAUAGAGGUUUCACCAGCCUGUCGCGGCUUUACAACGCCUGCUUGACCGGCUUGUAAUUUUAAAACUCGAACAAUGCUGUUCCGGUGCUGUGUGAACCCCCAGUGUUGUUUAAAACUUCGAGGUUUCGCAAACGUGAUAGUUAAAAACUACGAAGGUUUUGUGCGGACAUACCUAAUGAAAGUGAUUUUAUUUAAGUUCAUUUGUGUUCAAGAACAAGAAAAAUUAAAUUUAAAAUUGUGAAUAAUUCAUUUAGUGGAUGAAUAUGGAAUCAAGAAUGAAUCUUGUCGAGGACAUUAUUAUUAUAAAACAAUCAAGAGAUGUCACUCAGGGGAGAUGUUCUUUAAUUUAAUUUAAGAAUUAUAUGUCAUAUUCAGAUAUUCAUUACGAUAAUUAUUCUAUGUGUUAUUAUUGUCAUAAUUAAGAACGCAUACAUGCAACUGGUAUUAUGUGGGAACGACGUAGGCAUGAUUUUGCGAAUAUUAUUUUAUACAAUACAACGAUUAAAUGGUGCUUUGUCUUCACUAUUUGGGGUCAAUAGACGAAUAAUAGUUCAAUGCAUAAUCUCCGAGCCUGUUUUUGAUUGAGCAAGCUCGAUUGGGAUAUAAGAAUCUUCAUAUUUCCAUUUUUGUACCGAUUUUACAUUCAGAUAGCAACAUGAAUAUUAUAUUAUCGCAUGCUGUAUGAUUUAUGAGGUCUGAGUAUAUAUUGUUCAUUAUAUUAUUUGGGUACAUGUUCAAAUUAUCGAUGAUGUAUUUAUCAGGGACGAACUAUAAUUAUCAUGUACAAUGGUGACUUGUAAUAAAUGAUAAUAUUCAUA